UCCUUACUGAGGAGUUGGCAACACUGCGUGGAUCCACUAACACAGAGGAACGAAAACCAGCUGUGAGGCGGGGACAGUCACAGGUUGUUGUGUUGGUGUGAAGCUGUGGGCUCUGCUAUGAGUUGCUGUGAGGACAGAGAGGACGGAGGCCUUCCCUCUGAAACCAGUCUGCAUAUGGACCAUGAGAACCAGAGCACAGCUCAGAGGCUGAAGCACCAGCAGGCACCAGGGACUCCUGGACCUGGACCUGGACCCAGCGGUGUGUCCUUGAAGAGUGACCAGUCAAUGGAAUAUCCUCUUGCUUUCAGAGCACUUGCUGAUGGAAGGGAACCAUUUAAAACAGACAAAAAGAUCCUGCAGCAGGAACCAGAAUCUCCUGCACCCAGCGGUGUGUCCAUGAAGAGUGACCAGUCAAUGGAAUAUCCUCUUGCUUUCAGAGCACUUGCUGAUGGAAGGGAACCAUUUAAAACAGACAAAAAGAUCCUGCAGCAGGAACCAGAAUCUCCUGCACCCAGCGGUGUGUCCUUGAAGAGUGACCAGUCAAUGGAAUAUCCUCUUGCUUUCAGAGCACUUGCUGAUGGAAGGGAACAAUUUAAAACAGACAAAAAGAUCCUGCAGCAGAAACCAAACUCUCCUGCACCCAGCGGCGUGUCCAUGAAGAGCGACUGGUCGAGAGACAUUAGCAUUGAUUUUAAAGGACAACCUCCACCUGUUGAUCAGAUAGUGGACCAGCAGAGCUCAGAGGGUCCCAGCGGUCUGUCUGCCCAGCAGCAUCACACACAGCUGGAAUCCAUAUUUAAGCUGCUGGAGGACAACAUUGUUACUUUUGUCAAGACGGAGCUGAAGAAGAUGCAGAAGGUUCUGAGUCCGGAUUACCCAGAAGGCUCAGAGCAUCAGAGGGAGGAUGAGGUGGUGUUGGAUGGUGUAGAUGAAGAGCGGAGGAGGAGGAUCAGAGAUGCACUUCUGGAGAUCACGGUGAACUUCCUGAGGGGGAUGAAGCAGGAGGAGCUGGCUGACUGUCUGCAGAGCAAAUCCCCCACCAUGUGCCAGCACCAACUCAAGUCCAACCUGAAGGAGAAGUUCCAGUGUGUGUUUGAGGGGAUUGCUAAAGCAGGAAACCCAACCCUUCUGAAUCAGAUCUACACAGAGCUCUACAUCACAGAGGGAGGGGCUGGAGGGGUCAGUGAUGAACAUGAGGUCAGACAGAUGGAAACAGCAUCCAGGAAACCAGUCAGACCAGAAACAACCAUCAGACAGGAAGACAUCUUUAAACCCCCACCUGGAAGAGAUGGACCAAUCAGAAUAGUGAUGACAAAGGGAGUGGCUGGCAUUGGGAAAACAGUAUUAACCCAGAAGUUCACCCUGGACUGGGCUGAAGGCAAAGCCAACCACGACAUCCACUUCACAUUUCCAUUCACUUUCAGAGAGCUGAAUGUGCUGAGAGAGAAAAAGUUCAGCCUGGUGGAACUGGUUCAUCAUUUCUUUACUGAAACCAGAGGAAUCUGCAGCUUUGAAAAUUUCCAGGUCGUCUAUGUCACAGAGUCUGCCUCAGUGGGUGUGCUGCUGACAAACCUCAUCAGGGGGAACUUGCUUCCCUCUGCUCGCCUCUGGAUAACCACAAGACCUGCAGUAGCCAAUCAGAUCCCUCCUGAGUGUGUGGACAUGGCGACAGAGGUCAGAGGAUUCACUGACCCACAAAAGGAGGUGUACUUCAGGAAGAGGUUCAAAGAUGUCUGGCGGGCUAGCCAGAUCAUCUCCCACAUCAAGAGCUCCCGAAGCCUCCACAUCAUGUGCCACAUUCCAGUUUUCUGCUGGAUCACUGCUACAGUUCUGGAGGCUGUGUUGCAAACAGGAGGGGGAGGAGAGUUGCCCAAGACCUUGACUGAGAUGUACAUCCACUUCCUGGUGGUUCAGCUAAAACGGGGCAAUGCCAAGUAUUAUGGAACGUCUGAGACAGAUUCACACUGGAGUCAAGAGAACAUGAAGAUGAUUAAGUCUCUGGGAAAACUGGCUUUUGAGCAGCUGCAGAAAGGCAACCUGAUCUUCUAUGAGUCAGACCUGACAGAGUGUGGCAUUGAUAUCACAGCAGCCUCCGUGUACUCAGGAGUGUUCACACAGAUCUUUAUAGAGGAGAGAGGGAUGUACCAGGACCGGGUGUUCUGCUUCGUCCAUCUGACUGUUCAGGAGUUUCUGGCUGCUCUUCAUGCCCAUCUGACCUUCACUUCAUCUAGAGUCAAUCUGCUGGCAGAAGAACAAACAACCUCCCAGGUGUCUGGAACAAGAGAAGGCAAAUCUGCAGAGACACUCUUCUACCAGACAGCUGUGGACAAGGCGCUAGAGAGUCCAAAUGGACACCUGGACUUGUUCCUCCGCUUCCUCCUGGGCCUUUCAAUGCAGACUAAUCAGACUCUCCUACAAGGCCUGCUGACACAGACAGGAAGUGGCUCACAGACUAAUCAGGAAACAGUCGAGUACAUCAAGAAGAAGAUCAGUGAGGAACGGUCUCCAGAGAGAAGCAUCAACCUGUUCCACUGUCUGAAUGAACUGAAUGACCGUUCUCUAGAGGAGGAGAUCCAAAAGUUCCUGAAAUCAGGAAGCCUCUCCACAGAUAAACUGUCUCCUGCCCAGUGGUCGGCUCUGGUCUUCAUCUUACUGUCAUCAUCAGACAAAGAGCUGGAUGUGUUUGACCUGAAGAAAUACUCUGCUUCAGAGGAGGCUCUUCUGAGGCUGCUGCCUGUGGUCAAAGCCUCCAACAAAGCUCUACUGAGCAGCUGUAACCUGUCAGAGAGAAGCUGUGAAGCUCUGGCCUCAAUUCUUGGCUCCCAGUCCUCUAGUCUGAGAGACCUGGACUUGAGUAACAAUGACCUGUUGGACUCUGGAGUGAAGCUGGUCUCUGCUGGACUGGGGAAUCCAGACUGUAAACUGGAGACUCUCAGUCUGUCAGGUUGUCUGGUCACAGAGAAAGGCUGUGCUUCUCUGGCCUCAGCCCUGAGCUCCAACCCCUCCUACCUGAGAGAGCUGGACCUGAGCUACAAUCAUCCAGGAGCCUCAGGAAUGAAGCUCAUGUCUGUCCAACUGAAGGAUCCACGCUGCAAACUGGACACUCUCAGGGUGGAGCCUGCUGGAGAUAUAUGGUUGACACCAGGUCUGAGGAAGUACGCCUGUAAACUCAAAAUCGACCCUAACACAGUGUACAACAAGCUCAAACUGUCUGACAACAACAGGACGGUGACAAAUGUGGAGGAGGUUCAGCCGUAUCCUGAUCAUCCAGACAGGUUCGACCGGUGUCAUCAGCUGCUGUGUACUGGUCUGACUGACCGCUGUUACUGGGAGGUCGAGUGGAGCGGAGAGGUUGAUAUAUCAGUGAGUUACGGAGGAAUCGGCAGGAAAGGAGGCGGUAAAGACUGUGAGUUUGGAAUGAACGAUCAGUCCUGGAGAAUGAGAUGCUCUGAUGAGGGUGGUUACUAUGUCUGUCACGAUGGCACACACCCGAGCCUCUCCUUCUCCUCAGUCACUCCCAGAGCAGCAUUGUACGUGGACCAUCCUUCUGGCACUGUGUCCUUCUACACAGUCUGCUCUGACAACACACUGAUCCACCUCCACACCUUCAACACCACAUUCACUGAACCUCUGUAUGCUGGGCUUGGAGUCUGGUUUUCUGGUUCCUCAGUGUCUCUGUGUUGAGUGUAGCUGAGUCUCCCCUUGUCUGAGAAGCCUUCUCCCUG